CGGGCACCGCCUCCCCCCGGGGCCGCCCCCCCCGGGCCCCGCCGGCUCCAGCACCGCGGAGAGCGCGGCAGCACCGGGGACAGCGGCUCCAUGGAGCUGCUCCGUGUCCUCUGCGUCCUCACCGCCCUCCACCGGGGCCUGGGCACGGACACGGAGGAGCGGCUGGUGCAGUACCUGCUGGACCCGGCCCGGUACAACAAACUGAUCCGACCGGCGACCAACGGCUCCGAGCUGGUCACCGUGCAGCUGAUGGUGUCACUGGCGCAGCUCAUCAGUGUGCACGAACGGGAGCAGAUCAUGACCACCAACGUGUGGCUGACACAGGAGUGGGAGGACUACAGGCUGACCUGGAAACCAGAGGACUUUGACAACAUGAAGAAGAUCCGUCUGCCCUCCAAGCACAUCUGGCUGCCGGACGUGGUGCUGUACAACAACGCCGACGGCAUGUACGAGGUGUCCUUCUACUCCAACGCGGUCAUCUCCUACGACGGCAGCAUCUUCUGGCUACCCCCGGCCAUCUACAAGAGCGCCUGUAAGAUCGAGGUGAAGCACUUCCCCUUCGACCAGCAGAACUGCACCAUGAAGUUCCGCUCCUGGACCUACGACCGCACGGAGAUAGACCUGGUGCUGAAGAGCGAGGUGGCCAGUCUGGAUGACUUCACCCCCAGCGGCGAGUGGGACAUCGUGGCGCUGCCAGGCCGGCGCAAUGAGAACCCCGAGGACUCCACCUACGUGGACAUCACCUACGACUUCAUCAUCCGGCGCAAGCCGCUGUUCUACACCAUCAACCUCAUCAUCCCCUGCAUCCUCAUCACCUCCUUGGCCAUCCUGGUCUUCUACCUCCCGUCCGACUGCGGCGAGAAGAUGACUCUGUGCAUCUCGGUCCUGCUGGCGCUCACCGUCUUCCUGCUGCUCAUCUCCAAGAUCGUGCCUCCCACCUCGCUGGACGUGCCGCUGGUGGGCAAGUACCUCAUGUUCACCAUGGUGCUGGUGACCUUCUCCAUCGUCACCAGCGUCUGCGUCCUCAACGUGCACCACCGCUCGCCCACCACGCACACGAUGCCCCCCUGGGUCCGCAGCCUCUUCCUGCGCAAGCUGCCGGCUCUGCUCUUCAUGAAGCAGCCGCGCCAGAACUGUGCCCGGCAGCGCCUGCGCCAGCGCCGGCACGGGCAGGACCGCGCCGGCACCGGCACCGCCACCCUGUUCCUGCGGACUGGUGCCAGGGCCUGCACCUGCUAUGCCAAUCCCGGUGCCACCAAAGCCGAUGGUCUCAAUGGGUACCGGGAGCAGCAGGGGCAGGCGGCAGCAUCCGGCUGUGCCUGUGGGCUGGAGGAGGCUGUGGAUGGUGUGCGCUUCAUUGCUGACCACAUGCGCAGUGAGGACGAUGACCAGAGCGUGAGUGAGGACUGGAAGUACGUGGCCAUGGUCAUCGACCGCCUCUUCCUCUGGAUCUUCGUCUUCGUCUGCGUCUUCGGCACGGUCGGGAUGUUCCUGCAGCCGCUGUUCCAGAACUACACCACCAACUCCCUGCUCCAGGGGGGCCAGGGCCCCCCCACCUCCAAAUAGCACCGGGACCAUGGUCCUGGAGCCGCUGCAGACCAAUAAACACUCACACAGGA